AUGUUAAAUUAAAAAUAAUUAGAAACAUUUAAAGAAAGUGAAAAAUAAAUUCAGAGUGAGAUUGAAUACUAUAUAUUUUAAGAUUUGGAAAAUGUGUUAUGUCUUUUAGGUUAACUUGAACAAACGAUAACUACCUUAGAAGAUUAGGAUGAUAAAUCUUACCUUCCAAUAGCUACAAAUAAAGCGAUUUUAUCAGCAAAUAUAUCUAAUGGGAUUCAUUAUGAUUAAUAUUAUUCACAUAAUAAAAAACAUUCAACAUUUUUAACAAAAUGCAAAGAGAGAGCAAAAAAGAUAUUUAAUGGGGCACUUGAAGCAAAAAACGGAAUAAAAAAUACAAAUCCUAAAAUAAAAAAAAUAUGUGAUUUUUAUUUGGAAAAUUUGAAUGCUGAAAAUGGUUUUAAAUAACUCCCUUUAGAAACAGUAACAAGAAAGGGUGAAUUUAACUAAAAAGUUUUGGAAAAGGUUAUUUGGGGAACUCAAACUGUUGACAACUAACUGAAAGAAGUGCAAAAUCUAACUUAUCAAGCUCCAACUCUAGAAUAAAUUUUGAUAAAAAUGAAGUAAUUAAUUUUUAUUAAAAUUUAGUGAGAAGAAAAAAAUUUGUGAAGAAUAAUUAAUUAAAAACUUCAAUCUUGUUUAAAAAGAAUAAACAACAACUGAUGACAUAGUUGUAAAAAAGGAUAGUUAAGUUAUAUAAGGGAGUGUUAUAUCAAAUAAUCAAGUCGAUACAAAGAUAAAUGAAGAUGAAAAGAAUAAUGAAAAUAACAUAAAAUAAAAAAUAUUGAAUGAGUAAAAACUAACGAAGAAAAAAAAAAACAAUAACAAUUAUCUUAUUCAAAGAAAAUAUCGAAGGAGCAGAAACCGAUAUACACACAUAAACAGAAAGUUUAUUCCCAAAGCAAAUACCUUAAAAUAAACCUUUUUAAAUCAGUAGAUAAAAAAAAAAGAUAAAAAAUAAGAAUUAACUUUAUCUAAUCAAAAUAACUUAGAAGCUAAUCCAGAGACUGAUUAAACGAAAAACACAAUAAAAUGA